AUGGUGGUGGUAAAAGCAUUCCGCGUCCUGUACCGCAUCCUGGUCGAUUAUUGCUCCAACUGCUCCCUGGCCGGCGUGGGGUACAUCUCCAACCGGAAGUACCACUGGACCGAGCGCCUAUUCUGGAUGGCAUGCGUCCUGUUCGCCUGGACCGGCUCGUACAUGCUGAUCAACACGUACAUGGAGCUGUUCCGCAAGGAUGCGGUCAGCAUCGUGGUGGAGAAUCUGGAUCCGCGCAAAGACAUUGCCCACUUCCCGUCGGUGGGCGUCUGUGAGAUGGGCUACACCAAGCAGCAGUACGAUGCGCUCCAGCAGGUGAUCGACGGGUUGCGCACGACCGAGGAGAUGGAGUACAACUACGAUGUGGAGGAGUUUAUGUUGCGCCUGAUCUACCACAACCUGUACAACUACGGCUCGAUCAAGUCGUACUGUGCGAUGUACAAGGACUGUGACGACUGUGUCAAGUGUCCGGUGGAGGGGUAUCCAAGGUUCUCGAACGCGGUGCGGGCGAACUGUUCCCAGCUGUUUGAUGAGUGCCGCUGGAAUGGGAAGGUGUUCGAUUGUUGUCGCUACUUCCGGCCGAUCCAGACGACGAUGGGCUCGUGCUUUCUGCUCAACUCCAUACAGACUGUUAGCAAAUAUGGGCCACAGUGGUUGCGGAUGGAUAUGAGCAUGGCAUCGCCGAAGGGAGAGCUGCAGUUGAACUUUAGCCGAGCUACAACGGCAUACGUCCAGAACGAAGAGGACAUCCCGCAUAUGCUCCUAACUACGCUCCAGUUCAACCAAAUGCCGGAAGGGUACGCUGGCAAGAUCUACAUCACCGCCCAGAGCAUCGCAAACGAUCCGCUAGUUCGAACGGUUGACAAAAGUGUGCGGCGGUGCGUUUUCCCCGACGAAGGGACCGACCACCGGUACGCGAAGUACAGCUACAGCGUGUGCGUGACGGAGUGCCUCAAGACGGCGCAGAUCAAAACGUGCAACUGUUGCCACCAUAACAUGCUGCUUGGAAAGAACGAUAAAAGUCCCGUCUGCGGGUACGAUGGGCUAAACUGUCUCGACCAGCGCGAUCUGAUGUUUCCCCAGACGACCAUCAUGCAGCCGUGGCGCACGAACGGGCUGGUGUGCGAUUGCUUCCCUUCCUGUACCGAGCACGAGAUACGCAUCAUAGGACGCGAAACGGACAUGGAAGCACGGACCGGACGCUCGGUACUGAUCAAGAUUAUGAGCCUACCGUCGCAGCGCUACCGGCGCCAGAUCGUGCGCGAAGACAUCGACGUGGUCGUCUCGAUCGGUGGCAUAUUGGGACUGUUUACCGGGGCGAGCAUUCUGAGCUUGGUCGAGUUUAUCUACUUCUUUACGGUGCGGUUCGGGUCGUACGUGGUUACCGAAAUUAAGGAGGACGAAAGUGCCGAUGAUGAGUCGGAUGAGCAUGACAAGCAGGACAAUCGGAAGGCAUUGCAUCAUGGUUAAAAUCUAACUGGAAUUUGAAUUUCUACCUGGAUUGUUCAGUACCAUUCGCUUGAGCUUUUAUAGGAUUUUGAAGUGUGUCCUGGAAAUCGCUUUUUUGUGCUAUGCUUUUUACCCUUAUUUUUGGAUUUUUUCCAACGCUGGAGUGGGGUCUUAAGCUCAGAACAGGUCUGAAAAUAGUUCCAAGGGGAUGUAUAAGACACGUGUUACGAGCUCCGAGAUAGAGUCCUAGUUCCAAAGCCUGGAUAUCUGUGGAAGUUUGGAGAAAGUUUGAAAGGAUUACCAGGUCUCGCAUAGGGACCCUGGAGGACAUCCAGUUCCAUGAUCUGUCCCCAUUUUCCGCUUGUGUACGCCUCAGAGUUUACAGACACCUCAGAAUUACACUUCAAAGUCCUAUCACCUGCCCACAUGAGCUAGUUUAAUACAAAUUCUUCAUAUUUGCUGCAAGUCUUGCAAAAAAAAACAAA